AUGGAGCUCGCCGCCCGCGCACAACGGCUGCGUGGCGCGCGCGACGGGCGCGGCGGCGCCGUCGCGGACGGCGUCGAGGUGUUCGACCGCACGAGGGUCGUGCUCGGCAUCUUCGCCCGCCGCGCCUCCUCGCAGGUGGCAAGGCUGCGCAUCGAGCUGGCGGAGGCGCAGAGGGCCAAGGUGCGGCUGGGGUCGAGCGCCACGCAGGGCAUCUCGGCGCAGCUGCGCCGCGUCGCCGAGGCCCUGGCGCGCCGCGUCCCGGGCUGCGACCGCGAGGCGCUGAUGGAGCGGCAGCAGCGAAUCAUCCAGGACGACGAGCGCAGGAUCAAGGAGGAGCUGGCCCGCCUCCACGGCCUGCGCGGCAGGCAGCGCCAGUCCCGCCGCAAGCUGCCGACCCUCGCCCUCGUGGGGUACACCAACGUCGGCAAGAGCGCGAUCGUCAACCGCCUCUGCGGGUCCGACCUGCUGGUCCGCGACGGCGUGUUCGUCACGCUCGACGUCGCGUCGCGACGCCUCGCGCUGCCGUCGGGUGGGGAGUGCCACGUCCUGGACAGCGUGGGGUUCGUGAAGAACAUGCCCCACGAGCUGUGCGAGGCGUUCCAGGCCACGGUGGAGGAGCUGCUCUCCGCGGACCUGGUCCUGCACGUCCGCGACAUGUCGCACCCCAAGAGGGACGAGUACGCCAAGGUCGUCACGGACGUGUUGGAGAAGACGGGCAUCGACGUGCACAAUCGCGUGAUCGAGGUCUGGAACAAGAUCGACCUGAUCAGCCGCAAGGAGGCCCGCCACUUCAAGUUCAUCAGGAUGAAGCAGGACAGCGCCACGCCCCUUCUCCUGGUCAGCGCCCUGCGCGGCGAGGGUCUCGAGGACCUGCUGGCCGUCGUGGAGAGGCGGCUCGCUGAGCUGGCGGCCCCGGCGCAGGCGGUCGGGGCGCACGCAGCGGCGGAGGGCCCGGGCGUGGCUGCGGCGGCCGGCGCCCCCGCUGGCCGCGGCGGCCUCGAGCGCGCGCGCAUCCCUGGGGGCCUGCCCGCGGCCGAGAUCGCGGAGCGGUGGGCCUUCCUGCGGGAGCACGGGCGGGUGGUGGAGGACUCCAUCGCGGCCGAGGGGGACGGCGUCGCGGUGGAGGUGUGGCUGGACGCCGCGGC